AUGAACAGCCAGACGAGGGCGAAUUUCGAAGGCUCCUGGAAGCAAGUGGAGUCGGAGAGAUUUGAUGAGUUUCUUUCCGCUUUUGGAAUCGGCUGGAUGAAGAGGAAAAUGAUGACUUCAUCUAACCCAACUAUUCAAAUUCAAGUUUCCGGAGACAACCUCACUAUUUCUUAUACAGUUGUGGGAGUUAUUUCUGGCUCUCACUCGUACAAAAUCGGGGGAACUGUCAAGAUGAAGAACUACAUGCAAGAAGAAGUCGACGCCGACUGCAUCAUUGAAGACGAGGAUAAGAUUGUAAUCAUCAUGAAAGGUGGCUCUCUCGGAGACGUCAGAAUAACUCGAGUUAUCGAAGACGGCAAGCUUCAUGUUGAACACAAAAUCAUGAGCAAGAACAUCGUCGCGAACCGUGUUUUCGAACGAUCCUAA